AUGGAACUCGCCCGCCGAGCCGCUCAUCGGGCCGACGCCGGCGACAUCUACGGCAUUCCCACCCCUUCCCCUGAUGCGCAGACGACGAUACAAGAGCUCCGCCGGGAACUCUUGCACGAGGAAAUCCGCCAGCGAAUCAUUGUGGCCGAACUAGCCAAGCAGCAGGAGCUGGAGCCUGAAUUCCGGCGCCAACUCUUGUACAGUAAUGCUGGUGCCAGGUUCCGGCAGAUCACAAUUCCCCGCCAUGGCACAUCCCCUUUGCCGCAUAAUGAGCCACUGGACGUGCCCGUGUCACUUGCGAGACAGCCCGUUAAAGAUCGGAUUGAGGAAUGGUAUCGACCUCCAUGGUGCAGGCCAGCGAGCGAGGAUGAACCAGUCGUCAGGGCAAAGCGGCACAAACAGGCACUUUCUGGGGUGAAGAGGAAACGGAGUGCAGAAGCUCCAUCAUGGAUUUGCAGCGUCUGCGACGCGAAUUGCUACAAUGAAACAGAUUUACAGAAUCACUUAAGAGGCAGAAGGCACCAAAGGAACAUAGAAGCUCUGCAGGGAGAAGGCAAGGGAGCUGAAGCGAGGCUGCAUGAAAGGGAAGUGCCCCAGCCUGCGGACAAGAACCUGAAACCAGUGUCAACAUGGUUGUGCAGCAUCUGCGAUGCGAACUGCACAUCUCAAUCUGACCUUGAAAAUCACCUCCGAGGCAGAAGGCACCAAAAGAACAUAGAAGCUUUUCAGGGAGAAGGCAAGGGAAGUGAACCAAGGCUGCAUGAAAAGAAAAUGCCCCAGCUUGCGGAAAAUAACCAGAAACCAGUGUCAAGAUGGAUGUGCAGCAUCUGCAGUGCUAAAUGCAAAUCUCAAUCUGACCUCUCGAGUCACCUCCGAAGCAGAAGGCACCAAGAGAACAUAGAAGCUUUUCAGGGAGAAGGCAAGGGAAGUGAAGCAAGGCUGCAUGAAAAGAAAAUGCCCCAGCUUGCGGACAAUAACCAGACACCAGUGUCAAGAUGGAUGUGCAGCAUCUGCAGUGCUAACUGCAAAUCUCAAUCUGACCUCUCGAGUCACCUCCGAAGCAGAAGGCACCAAGAGAACAUAGAAGCUCUGCACGGAGAUGGCAAGGGAACUGAAGCGUCAAGAUGGAUGUGCGAUAUCUUCAAUGCUAAGUGCACGUCUCAAUCUGAUUUCGAGAGUCACCUCCGAGGCAGAAGGCACCAAUCAAACUUGCAAGCCUGA